GGGAAUUGCGUUAUGUGAGUGGUGAGAGAGAAACGAUGAACAAUAAUAAAGCAGAAGUUUUGGGGUUGGGUUGGAUACGGGCCCACUUCUUUAUCUUCUAAGCCGUCGGUGGCUUCAAUGAUGCCCAGACUUGAUCCCACGUCCGACCAACUUGCUUCCGAGAAAGAAAGAGCACUUUAGCGCUUAAAAAGUCUUUUGAUUCAAACCAUCAUUUGAUGCUGUUGUCCUGGACGGAAGAACUUUUGUUUCCUCUCCGCUCUCUACGCUUUGUUUCGACCCUUCCGGGCACUCUUGUUUAAUCCUCUGCCGCUCACGAGUCAAGCCAUGCCCAUUGCAGAGCUCUUUCUUGGCGCCUUUCUUUCAGUGCUGUUUGAUAGGUUGGCCUCUCCCGAGCUUCUCAACUUUGCGCGGCGUGAGGGUAUUGGUACGCGACUGAAGAAAUGGGAGCAGAACCUUAUCGAGAUAAAAAAGGUGCUGGAUGCUGCGGAGCAGGAGCAACUGAACGGCAAUGGCGAGGUGACGUCGUGGCUCAAAAAACUCGGGAACUUGGCCUAUGACAUUGAAGACUUGCUUGAUGAGUUCGCCAUAGAAUCUGCUGAAAGCAAGUCUAAGGCAGAACCUAGCACUAGCAAGGCGCGUUCCCUUCUUCCCAGUUGUUGCUUCGGAUUGAGCCCGAAAGCAUUGAUGUUCGACCACGAAAUGGGAUCUAAGAUAGAGAAGAUGGAUAAUACGUUACAGGAGAUCGUAACUUUGAAAGAUGGUCUGGGCCUGAGAGAGAACAAGGAGAAGCGGCCAACUGAGCGGACUCCCACUACGAGUUUGUGCGAGCCUUGGUUCGUUAGUAGGGAGGAUGACAAAAGGGAGAUUCUCAAAUUGCUCACCCAGAAAGAAGACGAUGGAACAUGUGUGGGUGGAGAAGUGAUUGCCAUCGUAGGUAUGCCGGGUCUUGGGAAAACGGCUCUCGCUCAACAAGUCUACAAUGAUGCUAGAGUCAAAGGUUGUUUCGAUGUGACAGCAUGGGCUUGCAUUUCCGAUAAUUUCAAGGUGCCCGAUAUUACAAGGAGUAUCUUACAGCAAAUCGGCAGCACUUUGUCCUGUAAAGAUGAGGACUUCAAUUGGCUACAGAAUAAGCUCAACGAAAACCUUUUGGGGAAGAAGUUUCUUGUCGUUUUAGAUGAUAUUUGGAACAGGAAUCCAAAAAAGUGGGAUGAAUUCUUGAAACCUUUUCGAUCGGGAGCAGAGGGAAGCAAGAUCAUUGUCACUACUCGUGAUUCUCACAUUGCUAAAAUAACCCGUGCUAAAGAGUAUUCUCUCAAAAAGUUGUCAGAAGAUGCUUGUAUGACUUUGUUGGCAUUUCAUGCUUUUGGAGUCGGAAAUUUCAAUGAUCGUCCCAAUCUUGAAGUAUUAGGUCGGAAAAUUGCGGAAAAAUGCAAAGGGUUGCCAUUAGCCGCAACGACAUUGGGCGGGCUGCUACGCUGUUAUGUCAGUCCCCAUGAAUGGGAAGAGGUAUUGGAGAGCAAAAUUUGGAACGCACAAGAAGAAAACAAUGGCAUCCUUCCGGCUUUGAAACUUAGCUACCUCCAUCUCCCUCCCAAUCUGAGGAGAUGUUUUGCUUACUGUGCUAUAUUUCCCAAGGACUAUGAGAUCGAACGGGAUGAGUUGAUUCAUUGGUGGUCUGCAGAGGGCUUGUUGGAGGGAGAAAAACGAAAGAGCCGUUGGAAUACUGGUUUGAAUUAUUUCAACGAGUUAGUAUCUAGAUCGUUAAUUCAAAAGUCAGAUAGCGAUGAGUCACAAUUUUUUAUGCAUGAUCUUGUGAAUGACCUGGCAAAGCUAGUUGCAGGUGCAACUUGUUUUGACUUGGCCGAGUUUGAGGGUGAUCACAAUACUGCAUUUGUAGCUCGUCAUGCCUCAUUCAUUCUCGGUGAAUACAUUCUGCCAAAAGAAUUCAAGAUAUAUCAUGAAAUGGAGAGCCUUAGGAGCUUCAUAUCAGUAUAUAAGGCAUCUAAUUCAAGAUAUAAGAAUUUCGUCUUUGUGUCCCAAAAGGUGCUAUGUGACUUGUUGUCGGCAUCGAAGUACUUGAGGGUGCUUUCAUUAAGUCAAUACCACAUCACAGAGGUACCGGAAUCCAUUGGCAAACUGAGACACCUAAGGCACCUUAAUCUAUCGUAUACUUGUAUUAAAAAGCUUCCAAAGUCAAUUGUUACAUUGUACAACCUAGAGGCUUUGAUGUUGAGGGGCUGCGAAGACCUUGUUGAAUUACCAGAAGGUAUUGAAAAACUGAUCAAUCUGAAAUUUCUCGACAUUACCGACACUGAGAGACUAGAAGCGAUGCCGUUGUAUAUAGGUAAUUUGAUGGGUCUUGAGAUGUUGUCUAAGUUCGUAGUGGGAACGAGAAAUGGCUCAAGGUUGAAGGAGUUAAAAAACCUAAAGAACCUUCAAGGGGAAUUGUGCAUCUCUGAUUUGCAUAUGGUUCAAGAUUCCAGAGAUGCCAUCAACGCCAAUUUGCACACGAAGAUGGGACUAUGUCGGUUGACCAUGCAGUGGAGUAGAGAUUUUGAAAAUUUCCGGAAUGAAGAGCUUGAAGCAGAAGUCCUUCAAUUUCUUCGCCCUCACCAAAACCUCGAAAAGCUCGGAAUUUCCUACUACGGUGGCCAAGAAUUCCCAUCAUGGUUAGGAUGUCCCUCAUAUGUUAACGUAGUGCAGUUACGUUUACACGGGUGUCAAAGCAUCAAAGCAUUACCAUCACUCGGGCAGCUAUCUUUGCUAAAAGAUCUGUACAUCGAAGGUUUAAAUGCAAUAUGCACAGUAGGGUCUGAAUUUUAUGGAAGUAAAAGUCCUUUUCCAUCCUUAAUAACUUUGGAAUUCAAGGAUAUGCCAUUGUGGAAGGACUGGUCUCAUUGCGUUGACACUGAAGAAGUAGGAGUUAUAUUCCCUCGUCUUGAGCAUCUCAUCAUUCGACGCUGUCCUGCGUUGGUCGGAAGAUUGCCUAGUCAAUUAAGCUCCCUCAUAAAGCUUGAAAUCUACUCUUGUCCGUGUAUGGAUGCCUCGUCCUCUAUCAUGAGCCUUCCAUCUCUCAAUGAAUUAAACUUUGGAGAUUGUAAUGAGGGGGUGCUGAAGAAUUUGGUACACCUAGCUUCUCCAACUGCACUUGCCAUAGAUGAUGUUUCUGAUCUGACUUGCUUAAAUCAUGGGUUUACAAGCUCCUUGACCCAGCUGGAGAAGUUGACAAUCGGAAGGUGUACAGAGUUAAUAUACUUGUGGCAAGAUAGAGAUGUAAUUCGAAAUCUUGCAUGUCUGAAGAGCUUGCUCAUCAGAAAUUGUCCGAAAUUAAGAUGUUUUGUCGCUGGAGAAAGAGAUAUAGAGCUGCCUGGCAACCUCGACACUAUCAAAUUGACAAAUUGCGUCAAUUUAGAGAAGCUCCCAAGCAAGAUGCACACCCUCUCCGCUCUUAGAGGCUUGACGGUCAAUGAUUGUCCGAAACUCGUGUCCUUCCCCGAAACAGGUAUACCUACAUCAACAAUAUCAUUAAACAUCAGCCGGUGCGAGAUGUUGCAAUCUCUACCCAGAGGAGGAUUAAGUGUUCAUCUGGAUGAACCAAGCAGCAGCGGUAGCAAUACCCACGGUGACAUGACACCUUGUCUAGAAAAAUUAACAAUCUCCGAAUGCGAUUCUCUGCCAGCCUCUCCAUUCAGCGACGGUAGAUUUUUACCCGCCACCCUCAAGAGACUUGAAAUUAGGGGGUGCAGGGGAGUGGAGUCGCUCGCAGAGAUAAAUGUAGACGGCCUUCAGUCGCUUCAAGAGAUUUCAAUUUGGGGUUGCGAGAAUUUGAGAAGCUUACCCCAGGGCCUACACACGCUGUCCCAUCUCGCUUCAUUUAAUUUGUCCCGCUGUCCUGCUCUGGAGUUGGAUUGCUUCCCUCCUCUUCCUCCCAGCAUCUCAAGCUUUCAUCUUAUCGGUUGUCCGAAGAUAAAAUCAUUACCUAAUCAGUUGAAUCGACUCACACGUCUCUGUAGCCUGGAUAUUGGAUGGUGUGAGGGUAUUACGCACUUCCCUGAUGGAGAAUUGCCGCCUCAACUACAGUCACUUUCUUUAUAUGAUUGCGGGAAUAUAAAGCAGCCGGUGGGGGAGUGGCUUAGCCCUCUUACCUCCCUUGAAGAGCUGUUGAUCUACGGCAGCGUUGGAGGAGCGGGGGAGGAGGAGGAUCUCGUGCUUCCGCUCCCUCCUUCUCUGCUCGAUCUCCGUAUCUUUGAUAUGGGGAGAGUGGAAAGACUGUCCUGCAGUCUCCCUCCCUCUCUACGGAUGUUAUGGAUCGCCAGAUGCCCGAAGCUGAGGGAGUUGCCCCAGGAUGGCCUCCCUCCCUCCCUUGAAGAACUCUGGAUCGAAGAAUGUGGGAUUCUGGAGGAGCGAUGCAAGAAAGGGACCGGCUACUGUUGGCCCCUCAUCCGCGAAAUCCCAUACCUUUCAUUAAUGGGUAUAAUUAUCUGAGCUGGCUCUUUGAAAAGGGGUUCGUAUUUUAGGCCCAAAAUUAUGUCACUUAAAAAAAAAAUGUUUGUUUUAAUUUUGGCAGGUGAGGAUUCGGAUUCGGAUUCGGAUUCGGAUUCGGAAUAACUAAGGGCGUGUCAAGAAUAAACCCCCCUUCAUCAUCGUCUCCUUCCCCGCCUUUGUUGUGCGCGCCUCAAUCACCUCCUCUGCUAAGUCUGCUUCGGCUCUCCCACCCCGUCGUCCUCACCUCGAUCUCCAUCUCGAUCUCGUGAAGAUUUCUAUGCCUCCGUAUAUAACAUUGAAAUCAGGUGACUUCGCCAUGAGAAGAUGCUGAAGGGGAGACCUGGAUGUGAGAAUGCUCCUCAUUGUAGAGAAGAAGGGAGAUGCCACUGCAAGCUUGGUUCUUAAGUUCUUGAAUUUUGUGGAAGCUUUCCCAUGAUUAGUUGGUUCUCAAAUUACUCACGGGGAUAGUACAGACACAAAUGAAGGUGUUUCGUGGACUGGGUAGCACUCAAUGAAAUCUCUGCCCAUUGUUCAUUUUGAUAACUAUUCAUAUUCUGCUUCAUGGAAUCAAAGAUGCAUAGCCCUGGAGUCGCUGGUUGGCAAAGUUUAAAGGGCCAAAGUAUCUGCUGUAUUUCGUAACUCUCAUUGCCUGCUGCUAGGUCUAGAGAGUUGGUCUCCAUCCAAGCUGCUGUUUGUGUUGUGAAUUUUCCUAAUUCCUCAGCUGCAGAGAAUGUUGUAUGCACAGCUUCUUCAACUGGUUGCCUCAACUCUUUUGUUGCUUUGGAAAUUGUCAGAAACAAGAAUGCUCGGGAAAUUGGCAGAGACUUGUGUGGUUCUCCCCUAAUGUGCCAAGAUUUGGCUUUAAUUCUUGGUUAGUAAUACAUGAUAAACUCAAUACUUUUCAGUUGAUUAACUGUUGGUCUGUUGGGAGAACAAGAUCUCUCUGCUUGUUCUGUA